AUGGUCGAGCCCAAGGAUGAGAAUGCAUCGCAACCAAAAUUCAUGCGCUCCCUCUCGCCUUUGCCAGAGGAGCCUAUGCUUCUGUGUGCGGACGUGGGUGGCACCAACACCCGCUUGCACCUCUUCAAAGUCCCGGACACGACCACGGCUGUGGUUCCAGAAUCCUGUAUGGUGUACCAGGCCAAGUAUGCCAAUGCACACUACGAGUCCUUCACCGAGGUGGCCAUGGAAUUUCUGAAAUCGGCGAAACGCCAUCAUCAAGGGGGCGCAAGGUCCCCACCAUACCUGGGAUGCUUCGCAGUAGCCGGUGUGGUUGUGGACAACAAGUGUAACCUGGUGAAUUUGGGCUGGAGAAUGGAUGGCAAUGAGAUCGCCAAGGAUCUCAAGAUGAAAGUAAUCUAUUUGAUGAAUGAUUUCGAGGCUCAAGGCUAUGGAAUUUUGACCUUGGAUCCGACGAAAGAUUGCGAUGUUCUGCAGGAGGCACCGAUUUUGCCCGGGGCACCCAUUGCACUACUGGGUGCAGGCACUGGCUUGGGGCAGGCCUUCAUGACCACUGGAGAGAAUGGAGACUAUGAGGUCUGGCCAUCUGAAGGUGGGCACAAGGAGUUUGCUCCACGUCAGGAAGGGAGUCAAAAUGUUCAGAGUGAGAUGAUGAAGUACCUGCAGAUUCGCUUCAGCGCGAAGUCGCGCAUCAGCGUCGAACGCAUCGUCAGCGGUCGAGGCAUUGCCAACAUCUACCAGUUCAUGGCCUGGAAGUAUCCGGAGAAGAUCAACCGAGCACAAAGCUCAGCAAGAGUCAGGGGGACUCUGCUCCGCUCCGCUCCGCAUCCGCUCAGGCACGACCCCGCCGUGAUCGUCCAGGCUGCACGGAAUGGCACGUGCGAGCUGUGCCUCAAAACUAUGGACCUCUUUAUUGGAGCUUAUGGCUCGGAGGCCGGUGUUUUGGCCUUGAAGUUCAUGCCCUUUGGGGGCGACUUCAUCGUCGGGGAGAGGGGUACACCGCAUCAUUUCAUCGAUUCCUUUCGAGAUAAAGGGCGUGUGUCGACCAUGCUGAUGCUUGGAAUGCAUGGAGAAACUCAUACGUACUGUCGGGGUAAGAUGAAGGUCUUCCUGGUACGAGGUGAAGACAUGGGAGAGCGUGGCGUCAAGCUCAAGGAUGGGCGUUCAUCCGCUGAUCCGCUGGGCGGGCAUGCGCAUGGCAUGCGCACGGCUUGCGCGCACAUGGCAUGCGCGCGCGAUGAAACCAAGCGUGCGAGUCAGGUGGAAGUCAGGGGGGGAAUGCCGGGCAAGACGUCCGGGACCGCCUUGGCCGCGCCGACCUACCGCGGCGCAGACCGCCGCGUGGAGGCGACGAAACGCUGGUUGGAUUCGAUUGUCAUUGGUGAAAAGCUGUGCCCCUUCGCCGCAGCGGUUCGGGAGGAGCAGAAGCUUCGUGUGCUUGCCAGUGAGGCCAAAGAUGCUGAGAUGCUGGCCAAAGAAGUGGCCACGGAAGCUGCAAUUCUGGUGGAAGGUCUGAAUGGACAGGAAGGUGCACCAGAGACCACUUUGCUGGUCGUUGAUCCGCAGCUCACUUGCUGUUCCACCUGGCAAAGUUUCGUCCAAUUGUCAUGGACCCUUCAAGAACGAGCCAUCCACGGGCAAGGAUUUGCAGAGCUCUUGCAAAUUGUGCUUUUUCAUCCAGCUGCUGUCCACAGUGUUUAUGCCGAAGGGCCACCGGAUGCGGCCGACUUCACGAUUCGCUCCCCCUUUCCGACCAUCCAUUUGCUCCGAGAGGCAGACGUGAUGCGAGCGGCCAGGAGAGCCCAGGUCGCGACGUGUCAGGCGUUGGCUGGAAGCACCGACCACAUCCUGUGGUGGGUGCCGAGAGGAGAGCGGAUUGGAGCAUGCCAAGGGUCGGAACUUCUCACCAUCUGA